UGUGUUUUUUUCAUUGUUUUCGUCAGCGUGCAUUGAGCAUGCUUAAAAUAAUUUUCUUAACUUAGGAUCGUAUUUGCCAGGAAAUAAUUUAUACAUAUACGAGUAUAAAAAUGUCUGCCAAAAAAGCUCGUCCACGUCUUUCCAAGGGUAUCUUGGAGAUGAAGUUCAUGCAACGCACCAAGGCCAAAGUGGACAAGGAGAUUGAGGAGGCCGAGGGUCGUGAAAUGUACUCGCAUGAGAUCACACAAAAAAUGUUGAAUAGCAACUCUAACUUUAUAAUGGAACCUAGUUUUGUGCACUGCGAAGACCUUAUUGAGGGUCGGUUAAGUUUUCGUGGCAUGAAUCCGGAAAUCGAGCGUCUCUUAGAGUUGGAACAGCAGGAGAAAGCCGCUAACAUACGCCAUGAACAACCUACUGAGGUGUCUGAUAAAGAAAUGGCUGAAUUUUACAACGCUCAGCAAGUGACAAUGCAAAAGAAAUUCCAAACAAAAGCCCAAUUUAAAGGAAAACGCCGGCCGGAGGAUAAUACACGGCAAGGUAAAAAGAUGAAGUUCCAAAAGCCAAAAGAGGACAAUGGUGAAGAUAGUGAAUAGAACAUAAAUAAAGAAUUGUGAGAAUUAAAAAAAAAAAUCUUUCAUAUUUUUAGUGUUUUUUAUUUCGGUACUUAUUAUACUUCUAAUAUAAAAUAUCCAAAAACAA